UUUUCAAACUCCGCAGCUUUGUCCCAAAUGUUUAGGUUGCCUGUUCGUCGUUGUUUUCCAUGGCGAACUACAGCCAGGUCUCCUUGUAGAACUCUCAAAAAUUUAUCGAGAUUAGUCCCAGAACAUCAAGUAGACUCUUUUGGGCUUCCGAUAAAACCAUUAUGGUCAGUUAAUGCACUAUUAGCAUCAUAUCCGCAGCCGAAGCUCUCGACCUCCACCUUCAAACGCUUACACGAAUUGUCCGCUUUGAGCCCUCCUAAGGAGGGUACCAAGGAGUAUGAAAAGCUCAAAAGGGAGCUUGAAGAGCUUGUUAAACUAGUUGAGGCAGUGAAAUUGGUGGAUACCGACGGAGUUCAACCCGCAGAGAUGCGACCUUUCUUGGGAGACGGAGCAGAAGAGGAAGUGUAUGAUGAAGCAACGAGUGAAUUGGAAAUGGGGAGAGUGCUGCUCAAACAUGCUUCACAAACGAUUAACGAUUUCUACGUCGUUGAAGCAGAUAAAAGGCGCUGAACUGGCAAUUCUGCAUGAUAUUCGGAAUAUUGUUAAUACAAUACCACCAUACUGGAAAUGGGUACUGGAGAUCCAGUGGCAGCUGUUGCAGGUUUUCUGCGGGUCUUUCUGGGUUUCAUCAUAAACACGAAGAUCGUUACUACAUCGUAAAAACCUUUAUUGUAGAUUUGAGGAUUGCUCUGCGAGUCUCUGGAUCAUACAAGGGGCUA